GCCAUUCUGCUCCAGGAAGCUGCAGAAAGAACACCCUACACACACGUCUCAAAGGCUCUGGUGUUGAUGAGAAACUUUUUGACGUACAUUUUUUCAGUGUGAAAUGGAUUUUCCAGGCAAUCCACAUUACCUAUUGUCCCCAGGUGUAUGAACCAGUCCUUUGCAAGAUGUAUGGAAUAUCACAUGUUACAUCAACACCACGAGGAAGUAAAUUUGUGCACAUUUGUCUGGGCUUUUGAUGAAAACACUUUGGUGUGGAAGGAUCGUGGGUGGCUGACAAAACUUGGGGUUCAACAGCGUUUGAUGGAGAACACAGACACAGCCUCUCAGAACGUAUUUUUCAAAGUUAUGCUUGCACCUUUCUUGAUGAUGGCACUGCCUACAGAAGACAGCUUUCUCUCUGAUGAAGAUGGCAACAUAACACUGUCACCAUCCCAGACAAGCGUUACCUAUAAAGAGAACUUAGUUCGGAUAUUCCGUCGAAGGAAGAAAAUACAACAGUCUCUUGCCAGCUUGUUCAGUCUCAGUGCCUCCAGCCAGUGGCCCAGCAGCACCAUUCUCAACACUGUGGAUUCCUCCCACAUAGACAAUCCUUGGCCUGACAAAUGCAGUGAACUAGAGGCCAGUCAGACUGAUACUGGCAAUUCAGACUUUUCUUGUGAAUAUGACAUGUUAGGGCCACAAGGGCAAAUUCCAGCAUCUAUUGGAGCCUCUCUUACCAAAGAUGAGGAGUUUAUUGAGCCUGCAAAAUCACUUUGUGCCUCACCAUCCUGCUCUCCAUUUAUGAUAAGUGGAAAUGAAGAUACACUGAACAAGGCAGAAUCCAAUACAGUGCCAAAUUUUCUGGCUCAGAUCGCUGCUCUGAUGGUGUGUUUAAUCAUUUCAGUAUGUACAAGGUAUUUUCUGGGAGGAUUGUCUGCCAUUUUGUUGUUGAUAAUUUUAGUCUUUCUUUUGUCCCAAGAUGCUGCUCUGUCAUCUUUCUUCAGUCUUGUCACAUCUUUCAAAACAACUAAGUUUGACUGAUUUAUAUCAGAGAUUUGGACAGAGCUAUAGCUUCUAGAUCCUUCUGGAGAAAAAGACUUGCAGAGUCAUAGGUCUGAAUUGCAUCUUCAGAACAGCUCAUGAAUAUAUCUCCUUGUUGCAAAAGUGUACGCACAUGCAGGAUUGAUGAAUUAUUAUUACUCCACUUUCUAUGCAGAGGAAAGUUCUUCUGAGUAUGUCAAAAAUGCUGCUAAGACUGAAACUUUUGGGCUUAUCUGAAUGCGUAGUGAAAGUCAAGCUUAAAAGGACAUUGUAGUACACUGUUCAGGAGUUCAGGAGUUCAGUGUAUGCCAAGGGCAACAGGACAAAUCUGGCAUAUCUCCUGCAUUUAAAUUGAAUAUAUGGGAAGUUUGAAGCAACAAGGCAAAACAUGGAGAACACUUCGGUUGAUUUUGAUCAAGGGUUGAUCAAAAACACAUCUCAAAUAGUCAAGUACAGUAUGUUACCCUUUGUCACUAUGUCAGUAUUGAAAAUGAAAUCAGGGCCACCCAUGCUCCAAUGUACAGCUUUCUGAUUUUCUGAAUAUUUUAGCCCAGAGUCAUAAACAAAGCUGUUCUUCAUGAGAAGGAGAAAAUACAGACUGAGAGCUUUUCAGUCUCUGGGGUACAGAGAAUACCUCUUUUACAUAAUGUGAGAAAAGUUAUCCUCUCAAACAAGCAAUCCAAAAGCAUGACAAUAUUUGGCAAAUUAGAACCUACAUGAUAUACUAUAACAAACUGUUGUGUAGAUCAGAAUGUACAAAAAUGUGGUAUUUUUUUUCCCCUUCACAGGAAUAAUUGAAAAGAAAGAAUAGUUGGUGAGUACAUGUUUAAGUUUAGAAAGUCACACAUUUUGGGAACAGCCCUGUUACGAAACAGGGUUCAAACAAGCCAUGAAAGUUCCUCAACUUUUCAUUAAAAACAGCUGUAGGGUCCUUGCCCAUGUUUACUGUGAAUUAUUCCACUUUGCUGUCUAAAACUCCUCUUUGAUUUUAUUCAGAUAUUUUUUUAAAUUAUCUGUUAACUGUUGUUAAGCUGUUAAAAACCACUGUCCUUUACCCAGAAAAACUGUCCUUUCGGUAAUGGGCAAAGUACUCCUUUUCCAAGCUGAUUCUGAACAGUAGGGCCAGGUACUCUACUGCUCUAGUUUGGUACCAGUCCAGUGAAUGAGUGAACCAACAUAACUAUGUAUCAGUACCUAAAAUACCUAAGAAGCACUUCUUCUUUCAGUCAAACCUUAUCCUUAAAUAAGUAUAAGGAUAUACUUGUCCUUAGAUCCCAGGUCUAGUGCCUGAUUGUGUGGUUGGCGGCCCUGCACACAGCAGGAGAGUUGGAACUAGAUGAUAUUUGAGGUCCCUUCCAACCCAAGCCAUUCUGUGAUUCUAUCUAAUAAUUGGUCUCCAGCUGCUGUUUAUCAAGCAUCUCUAAGUCUCUGUGUAGCUCAGUGCCCUUAGAACAAAAGCACUGAUUUCUGUCUUCUGGGAUGUCACUAUCCCAGUCCUGCUUCCCUUUUUUCUUAGCUCUCUUUGAGCUGAAAAGACAAAAAUGAAAAGAAGGAACUAAGUGGUGCUGUACCCAUGUUUGUGUUCCUCACAGUGUGGAUAAAACAGCCUUGUUCAUCAGUUCCUGGAUGAGUCCAUUCAGCUCCUGAGACCUAAAGGCAGCUGCACAGCUGAAGAUGCAACCUGGAAAACCUUUGAGAAAGUACUCAGAAAGAGGAGGCUCAUUCUGAGAACAAAGGUUUUCAGAACUUUAUGCAGGCACUUGAUCACUCUGCACAGUAUGAAAGCCUAUGAUGAAAAAUACAACCUACUAAUCCACAGCCAAGCAGUGGACAGUAGAUAUGGCACUUCUCACAGUCAGUGGGACUGUUUAUACAAAAGCUACAUCACCAUAGCUUCAAAGCUGAUUUUUAUUUUGAAGGCCAGAAUCAAUAUUACCCAAAGCAGGCACUGUAGGAUGGAGUGGUGCUGCUUCCAGGUUUUCAAAACAAGCUUUCCUCUUACCUUGUACAGAAACUUAAAGGCAGAGUAGUUACUUCUGUGCUUUCUGUUAUCAGCUCACUGACCAUUUUCAUUUUUUUUGCCUCCUCAAACUUAUUUUCCUCAGCUCUUUAGAACCAGACUACUAGAAACUUCCUUAUGUACACCAAUACACAAGUUCCUAUGGAAAAAAAUAACAAUUGUUUGUGUUCUUCCUUUAAAAUACAAAUUAUUUUAGCUUUAUUUUUAUUCUGUUUUUAUUCUAUGUGAUGUCACAUUUCUUGGUGAUCAUCUGCAAGCAGUCAUGGAAAACCAGAGACCUCUAAACUCUUAUGUCAGUGAGGUACUAUGUAAAGAUGGAGUUCUGUAAGCACUUUGAUAGUGAAUUGAUUGUAAAACUGUUUAGUGAUCCUCGUUAAUUUUGCAUUUGUUAAGCAGCUGAUGUCUUCAAAUGCUUCAUAAAUAUUAAUUUAUUAUAAUGAUAUACUUAAAGACAAUUGCUUUGGAUAGAGACUUAGUACCUGUGGUAACAUAUUUCAGAAGCAUUGUUGUACUGUGUGCACAUUUCUUUUUGGCCAUCAUACCAUUAUCCUGAGCACCAUAAAAAGUGGGAAAAGGAAGUAGGAAACAUAAGAAAACAUAAACAUUAAUGGGUGUCAAAUUAGUGCCUAAAUAUUAGAAGGAAGGGACUCUUCAGAAAACUAGCAAUCAGAAUGUGGAAAAGCAAUGAUGACAUUCAUUCAAUAUUGAAAUUCUACCUGGAUUUAGAUAGACAAAAAAAUAAUACAAAACCUGCAGCUAUUAACUGUGCUUUGGAAACACUGAGCCUUAUUUUUCAAGUUGGAUCUUUGUCACCACAGAGACUAAAUCAUACACAGAUCCUGUGGGCAACCAAAACUGCUAUCUUGUGACUCCAAGCAUUUAAUAAUCUGCUUCUUCAAAUAUCUCCCUAUAUGCCAGUUUAGCUAGGACAGAAUGGGUUUCAUUUUCCCAUGCAACAGAACGAUGAUAUGUGAGCGUGCAGUUGCCCACCAGAUCAUUCUAUAAGUAGUGCUGCUUCUCAUCUGCUUGUCCUCUGCUGUGCUAGAAGUGAUGUUAACACAGCCCCAGCUGGUACAUCAGAUGUGAAAUAGUGGCUGUGGGAGUAGUAUUGCUGAUAUAGUACAAUCAGGUUGGCAGGCACAGUGACUGGGAUUUCAAAACAGUAGCAGAAAAACAUACAGUAAGGGUGCUGGUGGGGUAAUCAACAAAACUAAAACACCACUGUCUGUCCAACUUUGCCUAAGCCAAGAUCAAGCACACUAUCGCUGUAUUUCUAGCACUGAAACUCCAAAGAAGUGUGGCAGUGAAGAAAAGUGUACAUCCAGUAAUUUAAUACGUACAUUUCUCUUUUGAAUGGUAAAUAAAAAUAUGCUGGUUAUAUUUUGAAGUGAAGCAUAAAGAGCUCAAGCAGGGAAAUUUCACCUAAGUUAGAAUUUUUGGACAGUAAUUUACAUUUGCUCAGUGCAUUACAUUGAUCUUUUGUGAAUGGAGACUGACUGAAGAAAGACCCAGUUUUAUAGUUGCAAUAAAAGGUAAACAUUUUUUUCCCUUAAGACUUAUACAUUGUGUAGGUAGCUAGUAUAGUAUUAAAAUACUUAUUCUCAUAUUUACUUGUACUUAGUGCACAUAAGUACUUUAGUCCAUUUUAUUUUCUUUAUUUUCUUUAACCACAGAGACAAUUGAGGGUAUCACUGUGUAAUAUUUAUAAAUAUUUUUUGUUAGCUAUUUCAUUUCUAGAUAUAUCAGGUCCUUUACUAAGUACAUUUAAAAAGAAAGGAUCAAAAGAUCUUCUGUGAUUAAAUAACUUCCUGAAUGAAUAAACUGGAAAAAUAACAUCCUGUACUGCUAGAAAAGUCUAUGACUGCAACUACCCUUGUAGUCACAGAAGUGAUAUGCUGAAAAGCAGGAAAGCUUAAGCUCACUGUAAAUUAGUGGAGAUACAAGAGCAAGUGAAGAAGAAGCCAAUGUAGCUUGCCAAAAAUUUGGUAUAGCAUGAACCGCUAUAAUCUGUCUGUGAAAAAAUAUAAGCUGUAAACUACAAGUGUUCUGAUCAGGAGAGGGGGAAGUUCUGGAACAGUUUUGCAGUUGGAGUUGAAGGACUAAAAAUAAGAUGUGUGGGAUCUGCUAAGAGAUGCCCUCUGCUACAUUCAUCAAUGUUGAAUUAACAAAGUUUUGUUCAGUUAUCAGACUGCUUGUGUUUCGACUGUUCCCUUUCAUAUAUUCCAAUGGACAGAAAAGUAAUACAGGAAAGCAGUUCCCUGGAAAGAAGUACAGUAUGUUCAAUGCUAUCAAAAGAUAAACUGAAUCUGAAAUUUAUCUGAUGUAAAACUGAAGAAAACACUUUCUAGCCUAAAUGUUUAAACCCAGGCUGUCAGAGAUAAUUAGUAUGUGCAACUUCUGCUAACUAGAGAAUCAAGCCUAGGAUAAUUCUGAACAGUAAUUCUAGUAAAGUUGAAUCGUUUUUAAUCUGGUGAUUAACAGAUGCAUCUACAAACAGAGAGGACUACUACAAUUUUAUUGUUGUCCUCAGUGAUUAUAUCCUUAUUCAGUUUUAAUAUAGCACCUUAUUAAGAAAAAAAAAAUCAGAGUAGAAACUCAAGAUUGAGAUUUAUAACUCCUUAUACAUCAUGUCAUACCCUUCCUUACAAUUAUUUUUUUAUCACAGUGCCUUGUCUUUUAUUUCUUGCUGUGUUCAGCUGAAUUCCAAGGGCAUCCUUGAGUAUAUAUCACACAGUGCUUAAUAGUGAGAAUGUUGGUGUUGAAGAGAACAGCAGCAAGCAGAAUGAUGAUAGCUUAUAACAUUGCUAGUGUGUGACCAAGUCUGUUUAGUAUUUGUCCUGAAAGUAAUGCGUACAGAAGUCAAACCAUAUGGACUAAGAUUAACAUCUUGACUUAAGUGGUAUUAAAUGAUGCAGAAAAUAGUCACGGUCAUUCAGCCCAUUUCUGCAGAAUAUGUUCCUUGGUGUAUUUUUCUUUUUGUGAAUUUUAGCUGCAGCAUUUUGUAAACACUGUUGUGUAUUUUAAUAUAUACCGUGCAAAACUGUCAUUUCAUUUUACAUUAUUGCUUUUGUACAUUCAUCAUGCUGCCUCUUGCUUGUCCUCCUAUCAUUUACAUGGCUGUAAAGUUGUUCUUUUUCUCAUAUUUUUCCUGUAUUUGUCAUCAAUAAUGCAGGCGAUUAAUGGGGAUUGCGUAUAUUCCAAUUAAUUUCUUAUUUGUUAUUAAUUUCUGACCUGUCGUGUAGGCUAUGUGCUCUUUGGAUGGGAUUUAUUGGUACUCUGGUGUGAAGAUGAAAACCUAAUUUUGUUAGUUACUAUGUAACUGUUAGCAACAUAGCAUGUAAUGAUAAUUACAGUAACAACAACAAAAAAAAAACCCUAAAAUAAUUAAAUAGGAAAGAAAGAAAAAGACAUAGUUCCAGAGUCUGAAUGGGUAUCAGUCAGCUGAUUUUCAUCUCAGCCUCUGAUCUGCAGCAUUUUAAUAUUUAAGAUUUGUCUAUGGAAAUCAGUUUGCUACAGCUACAGCACUUUACGUGAGUAUAUUCUGCACAUAUUCAGGAUACUUCUGAUGCACUGCAAUGAUGAUGCUAUAAAGCUAAUUUUUUUCUGAUGUGGAAUGAUUAUUUUAUAUUGCAUUGCUUUACGCAUGUAACAAAUAAAUUUGUAAUGUAUUAAAGCAGUAAAGUGAAUUUAUUCAGGAAA